GAGGUGUCAGAGGAGGUUAGAACACCUCUGGGUUCACAUCAAGGGAGUGGCUUCACAAGGUCAGUUGGUUGAGAACCUCGGCAUAGCUUCAUAUUACUCCUUACCAGUUCAUAUUUGUGUAAUUAUAUACAUUAUAUGUGCCUUUUAAUCAGCAGAUGCAUUUAUUUUCACUUUUUCUAAUAUAUGUCCUUUAGAAAAAACAGUCUUAUAAUCCAAGUGUUGUGAACCAAGGACAUUUUCCUUGAUUUCUUUCAAUAGUGAACCAACAAGAGAAGAGCCCCCAUCAUCGGCCUCAUCCAGUGUCCGACGACCCAGUGCGCUACGACCCAGUGCCCUAAAACCCCAAAGGUCAAAUUCCCUUCCUGCCAGUAGAAGUGGUAGUAGACCAGCAACUCCCACAGCAGCAGGUCAAGAGCUACAACUGGUUCCUGAGUUCCUUACUACCCAAAAGGAAAUUCGAGGUCUGCUGAAGGACCUGGUGGUGGAGCAACGGACAAAUGGAAACCAUCUACGGGAUAUCGCCCAAGGUUUUACGGAAAUGGGGAAGUUAGGCAACCAUGUACAGGAUAUUGGCCAAAGUCUUAGGGGAAUAGGCGAGGCACUGAUGGCCAUAACGGGGGCUAUCAUUAUUUAUUUAUUAUUUACUCUCCUCCACCUCAACACUAUUCUUUCCCACCUCUCCGUUACCCUCACAGUAGUUUUUCUUCCCAUCCACCUCUAUGAUUACGACCCAUCUCUCCUUAUACCGGCCACACAUCCGUCCCCUUCGCGGCCAGCACACACGAAGCUGCCAUUGCGUUCCCUCUUAACUAUAUUAUCGCCUACAUUUGCUCGGUGGUCAUGAUUCUUUCGUAUCCUUCUAGUCAAAUACACAGUGCAUGUCUCUAGCAGUAUUUCGGGCUUUAUUGUGAGUUCUGUAUAUGUAUUAGUCUUUGUGUCAUCGCUUCUUUCUAAUUUGCAUUCUUCGGCGUCUCAGCAAUACCCAGGAGGCUUGUUUUUGAGUACCCACCACACCAUACUUUCCCUCUGACAUAACUGCUGCGUCUGUGUUCUUCCUCCUCCACAAUUCUUCCUCUGUUCCACUAUUUUUCCUCCAUUUCUCUAUAUGCUUCCUCAAUUCCCAUCCUCUUCCUCCAUUUCUCUGUAUGCUUCCUCAAUUCCCUUCCUCUUCCUCAAUUCUUUCUCUAUCCUUUCUCCUUUCCUCUAUUCAUAUCCCUGUCACUUUGUAUUAUUCCUCCCCUUCCUCAUCCUAUCCACACCCCCAGAGAGAAAACUAUCGUGCAUUUAUUCUUUUCUGUGCCUCUAAAACGAGCGCAAAGAAGCGACACCCCACAAUGGCCGCUCUCGUUAUUAUGUACCUAGCGUUCUUCCACUCCACCACCAUCACGAGACCCCCAGGUAGAGAUACAGAAGAAAAAAAAGCAAGAAAAAAAACUGCCGGCAACAACAAAGUGACCAUCAGCACACUUCUCUCCCUCCCUCCUCUCUCUCUCUCCUUUCUCUCCCUCCCUCGCUCGCUCCUUCUCUUCCCUCCCUCCGUGCCUUCCUCCUUCCCUUUUCUCCCUCUCUUCCUCUCUUCCACGUACUAUCUCGAUUCCUCCCCUCCGUUUCUUCUCCCUGUCCUCUCUCUUUCUCUCCCCUCUCUUUCUCUUCCUUUAUCCCUACUUCUCUUCUUCCUUUCUCUCCAUUCCUCGCUUCUUUUCUACCUCCCUCCCUCCUUUCCACUCUUCCUUGUAUCAAACUUUCUUCCCUUCCUUUUCUCCCUCUUUCUCUCCUCUUUUCCUCUUCCUUUAUAUCUUUUUCUCUUCUCCUAUUCCUUUCUUCCAUUUCUUUCUUCCUCUUUGUCUUUGUCUUCCUGCUCCUCACCCCUUGCCCCAUCUUUUUCUUCUUGCAUUCUUCCCGCUCCUCUUUCUUCCCUCUAUUUAUAUUACACCCUUUCCUCUUCUAUCCUCCCUCCUUCGCUGCUUCAUUUCUACACCUCUCCCUCCUUCCAUCUAUUCUGUUGUUUAUCUUCAUUCCUCUAUUCUUCCUCCCUUCUGCCUCUCGAGUACUUUCUCCCAAUUCCUUCUUUCCCUCUCUUUUUAAUUCAUCCAUCUCUCCUUCCCUCCCUCACCCUCUUUCUUUAUUCUUCUCCCUUUCCUUCCUUCUGUUCUCUAUUCAUCCAUCUCUCUAUUUUUCCUACCACUCUUCUUUUGUUAUCUAGCUCCCUCUUUCUUUCCCUCUCUUCUUCUUCAGCCAUCUCUCCCUCCUUCCCUCCCUUUCUUCUUUCUUCUCUCCAUCUUUCUUUCCCUUCCUCCUUAUCUUCUCUCUUCGGCCAUCUCUCCUUUCUCCUCACCUCUCCUCACUCUUUAUCCCUCUCUCCCUCAUUCUCUCUCUCCCUGCAUCAUCCCCCUCCUUCAUCGGCUUCCUUCCACGGCUGUUCCUUCAUUGAUAUUUCCGCCCCUCGCCCCAUGUCAUGUUCCUCCCGACAUGCAGAUCAGCGGCCAUGACAGGCUAGUUAGCGGCGCCCUCUGUUGGCCGGGAGAUUAAUUACGAUCAGAAUGAAGGAUGAAUGUAUCGUAGGAGUAGGUUGUUAGGAAGUUUAUCUGUUGUUUUUCAUGCUUGUGUUUCUUCCUUUAGUUUUUCUUUCUGGUCUUUUUUUUUUCUUGUUCUUGCUCUUGUUAUUGUUCUUCUCGUUUUCUCUCUUGGUCUUCUUUUUUUCCUUCUGCUUUUUCUUCUUUUUCUUCUUCUUUUUCUUUUUUUCUUUUUUCUUCCUCUUAUUUUUUUCUUAUUCCUUUUCUUUUUUCUUUUACUAUUGUUAUUUUUUUUCUUAUUUUCCUUUUUUUUUAAUAUUUUUCGUUUCCUUUUCUUCUUUUUUCCUCCUCGUCCUCCUCCUUGUCCUCAUCAUCUUCCUCGUCCUCUU